CGCCCGUUUUGGAGUUAUUUGUGACUGUGCAUGCGAAAUUACAGAUGAGACCUCCGCCUAUUUACCGGGAGAGGAAGGAAAAAAGAAAAAAAAAAUAAAACUCGAAAGCUCAAAAAAUUCUCCGGAGGAAAUGGAUCGCACUCGGCCUCCUCCGGACUGAAGCCACGGCAGCGUCCGUCGCGUAACGCCGUCUUCGACAGUUCGACCUCGUCGGCGAGAGUCGAACACGGCGGCAAUGGCGGCCACCGGCGACAGCGAGACGGAAGCGCUGCUUUCGGCCUUCGAUCAAAUCUAUGAAGAUUUCGAGAGAGGAGCAGCGGAGAUCCAAUCGCUGAGGUUGAGCUGUGAUGCCGAGGUUCGAAGGCGAGAAGCUCUUGAAAUUGCUUGUAACGGCCUAAGACAAGACAAUGAGAGGCUGACGAAGCUGUACUCAAGUUGCAUGAGCAAUUUGGCUGAUCAGCUCGAAAGUCGCACUAAAUGCCAGAGAUUGGAAGAGGAAAUGAAGAGGCUGGUUGAUGAACACCACCGUAAAGCAAACGAGCAAAUUGGAUGUAUAGAAUUGCUGCAACAAGAUUAUACAACUAAGGUUCAAGAGUUAGAGGCCCAAAUUAGGGGUUUUCAAACUGAGAAAGCAUCGCAUGAAACAACUAGUAAUCACCUCCGCCACGAGUUAACAGCACAUAAAAUGCAUAUCCAAGCCCUAGCAAGCAGGUUAGAGCAGCUCCAUUUUGACUUGGAUUCGAAAUAUCAACUCGAGAUUCGGGAUUUGAAGGACUGUCUUCUACUUGAGCAGGAGGAGAAGAAAGACUUGAUUAAGAAACUUCAUAAUCUGGAAAAGGAAUUGCUUAUAACCAGAACAAAGUUUGCUCAAGAGCAACGAGAUUCAGCUACAAGUCGGCAGGUGGAAAUACUUAAGCAGAAGGUUAUGAACUUGAGGAGGGAAAACGAAAUUCUGAAAAGGAAGCUCCCUGCUUCAGGAGAGGGGUAGAGUCCGUCUCUGAUUGAUUGCUGUGGUUCUGCAUUUUGGACAUAAUCAUUCGGCCCCCUGUUACCCCUGAUUUCGUUGUUAAGUGGAUUAGCUGCAACUAUAAUUGAGGGGAUCCUGUCUUACUGUUUUCAAGCGAGCAUCUUGACCAUAUUCUCUUGAGAGGAAAUAUGUUCCGAAGUUCUGUUUCAUUAGAUACUCAAGAUGACCUAAUAUACCAAGGGACAGGAGAGUCUUACUCCUGCUUCUGUGUUUGCUUUUGGCAAUGACUAUGGAACUUGUAUAUACAUUAUCCAGAUUUCAGGACUA